CCAAAUGCAUGGGGGUCACACUUUUUUUUUCUUCCAUCCUUCAACAUGUCAUACUUUGGUGUAGCUCCUCAACAACAACAACAAGCCAUUAACCCUCAAAACAUUGCUAUGGCAGAGCAAGAACUUGAGAUGGUGACUGAUUUGUUCAACAAAAUUGUUGAUUCAUGUCAUGCCAAAUGUAUUCAAUCCGAUGGACAGGCUGAUCUCACCCAAAAAGAUACUUUAUGUAUUGACAACUGUGUUGCCAAAUUCUUUGAUACCAACACAAAAGUAGGAGAAAAGAUGCAAAAGAUGGGUCAACAAUAAUACUAUUUAAUAAACUUAUGGAUUGGGUCGACUGAUCAAAGCAUCAAUUCGCAUUGAAUUCGACUGUUUCCAUGACUUUGAAGAUCCAUCGUCAUUGUCAUCAUCUGUGUCUAUUGAGAUGACUUGUAUGGGUUUUUCCACUAUAGUUUUUGUUAGGUGUCAAUACAUAUACAUUCAACCCAACUUACAGCGUGGUGUUUCUUCUGCUCUUUUUCUCUUUUUGUCUACAGACACUGUCUUCUUAUCAGAUGCUUGUGCUAAUUUGGAUUUAUAUUGGCUGUAUUGUCGACUCAUUUCAUACGAGUUCAUCCAACCUUCUGGCCAACAAGACAAAAG